AGGCCGCCGCCGCGCCCAGUCUCUCUCUCUCUCUCUCUCCCUCUCUCUCUCUCUCUCCCUCCGGACGAAGACGGGACCGGCCUCAGGCGGCCGAGGAUGCUCUGGCGGCGCCGGCUCCUGUGGCUCUUCCUGCUGCGCUGCUGCUGCUGCUGCCGCCUCCGGACCCACGGAGUCGCAAGGGAAGGCCCCCCGGCGCCCCUCCGCCCGCGCUUCGUGGCCAGGACCUUCCGCCACGUCCUCCACUGGGACUCCUCCGACCCCGGACUCGGGCCCAGCGCCACGGGGCCCCUCUACGACGUCGAGUAUCGGGGGUAUGGCAACAACAGCCACUGGGCCCCAGUGCCAGGCUGCACGGGCAUUGCCAAUCAUACCUGCGACCUCUCCUAUGAGACCCGGGAGCCAGACAAGCGCUACUAUGCACGCGUGAGAGCAGUGGCUGUUCCUUGCUGGGCCUCUGAGUGGGUCCAGGCGCCCAUCUUCAGGCCAGAGGAAGCAACCCUGUGGCUGUCCAGCGUGAGCUUGGCCAUUCACAAGGGCGUCAUCCACCUCUCAGUCCAACUGCCCAUCAGCCCCUGGGACAAUAUCACCUACGAAGACCUCCACCCCAGACACAGGCAGUACCACGCCUACAUCCGGGAUGUGUCCAACAGGAGCCAGCUGGAACAUGUUGGGACCAGUUUGGAGUUUGACCUCCCGGCCCUGCCACCAGGCGAGAGCUACUGUGUCAGUGUGGAGCCACGGAUUGCCUCCCGGGCAACUCCUGCCAACAGGACAGAGGAGCAGUGCAUCUCCCUCCCACCCCUGGAGGAAGGCAACACAAUCUUGGCCUUCCUGAGCCUGCCUGUCCUUGGUGCCCUGGCAGUCAGCUUGGGCCUGGCCUGGGCCUAUGUGAAGGAGGCCACAAAGACUCUGCCGGUAGUGCUGACAUCCCUGCUGUGGUCCAGCCCACUCUGCAUGCCGCACCAGCUGCCUCCUCCCGGGAAGAGAGGAGUGGUCCUGCAGAUGGAGAGGGACCCCAUCCAGCCUCUCUCUGUCCUGCGCCCAAAGGAGCCAAGUGGUGCUCACCAGGCUCAGAGUUGGGGCCCCAGACCCACACCUUCAUUUCCAGAGAAGCGCUGCUGUUUGCUGACGUGGCCGGUGGAGGGGGGCACGGGGAUGAGGAAGGGUCUCACAGACAGCAGCAUAGGGGGCAGCACUGACAGCGGGAUCUGCCUGCAAGACCCCUCGGACAGCCUGGGCCAACUGCUCUUUCUUGGGAGCAGCCAGGAGGGAGCCCCCCUAGAAGACCUGGGUGGCAAGGGACCAGAGGUGGGGCUGGGGCAGGGAGCUCUGGGCCCCGCAGAUGCACCCUGGGGAGGGUUCUCUGGGUACCAGAAACAGGCAACCUCCUCUCUGGAGGCAAGUGCCUGUUGUGGACCUGUUCUGGACAAGGUUGGAUUGGUGACCUGCUACCUGAAGCAGGCCACCUUAGGUGGCCCCUCUGGCCCUGGGACUGCAGCCAAGCAGGGACUCUCCUGACCGAAAGGACCAGGGGGAAGCCCCCUUUCCAGUGGGCAGGAGCCCAGAGGUCUUGGGGGCCCCUGGGCAUUGGGUUUCUUUAAGCAACCACCUCCUUCCUCUGGCUCUCCUCAGACACUAGGACGUUGCUGUUGGGACACUUCCACUGGCAUGAGAGGCCUCCCACUGCCCCCAUCCCCUCUGCCUCCUCCUCCAAAGGGAGAGAGACAGGGAGAUGCUGGCAGAUGAAGGCCAGGAGGGCCACCCUUCAGGUUGCCCAUGGAGCAGGAUGGUAGAACCCAAAGUCCCCUUCAUGACCCCAAACUCCAGUCUGCAAGACAUGGACGGUCCUCGCAAGCCAGACGCAGAAAAGACAUGCUGCACACCUACAGGAAAGGGCUUAUUUUGACUGCAGACUUACAACAAA